UGGUGUGGCAUCCCUCAGAGGGGCCUUGUUCAAGAAGCCAGGGGCAUGAAGUCUCUGAGCGGCUGCUUCCUGUGUCUGCUGCUGCUGGGCCUUGUCCUCCAGGUGGCUGCAAGCCGAGCCCCGCAGCACUCCAUGGAAAUCCGCACUCCUGACAUCAAUCCUGCCUGGUACAGAGGCCGGGGGAUCAGGCCUGUGGGCCGCUUCGGCCGGAGGAGGGCAGCCCUUCGGGACUGGUCCACCUGCCUCCCCCUGGAGGGUGGUGCCAAGUACCCUCAGGAUGGCUGAUGGCCCGCUGAUGAAGACCCUGAAGACACAGACCCCAUGAGCCUCCUCACCCACCCUCUUCCUCCCGGCUCCUUCCCUUCCAUGAUAAUAAAGGCUCUGGCCUGGCUUAUUGCUA